AACAAUAUCUAAAGCGUCGUCGUUUUUAACUAGGGUUUUGGUUUCAUAGAAGAAAAACCUAGACUUCACAAAUAUAUUCUCACUUGUGCGUUUUGAGCCUCCACCACCAAAGAGAGAGAGAACACCGCCCCUCGGAACUUCACAUCGCAUCUGCAAAAAUGUCUUUGGUGGCUAAUGAAGAAUUUCAACAUAUUUUGCGUUUGUUGAACACAAACGUUGAUGGUAAACAGAAGAUCAUGUUUGCCAUGACUUCAAUCAAAGGUAUUGGUCGUCGUUACGCCAAUAUUUGCUGUAAGAAGGCUGACAUUGAUAUGAACAAAAGGGCUGGUGAGCUUACUGCUGCAGAGCUCGACAAUUUGAUGACAGUUGUUGCAAACCCUAGGCAAUUCAAAAUCCCAGACUGGUUUCUUAACAGGCAAAAGGAUUACAAGGAUGGCAGAUUUAGUCAGGUUCUUUCUAACCAACUUGACAUGAAACUCAGGGAUGACCUUGAGCGUCUGAAGAAGAUCAGAAACCACCGUGGACUACGUCACUACUGGGGUCUGAGAGUUCGUGGACAACACACCAAGACUACCGGACGUAGGGGAAAGACUGUUGGUGUCUCAAAGAAGCGUUAAGGAUUAUGGAUCUUUUACUACAAAUUAUCAUGUCUUCUUUUGUUUUAUGAAAACCUAGUCUUGAGAAUGAUACAAGUAAUGCUGUUUUGGCCAAUUGAGGCAGUUGAUGUUAUUUUUGUAGAUCAGAGCUUCCAACUCUUGAUACUUUAGUUGAGAGAAGGUAUGCUUGUAGACUUUGCGUUAGUAGUGAGUAAAAUACUUAGUCGUUUACCAUGCGGCUUUAUUUGAACUUUGAAGUCAUGAAUUUCUUUGUUUAA